UUGAAAUGGCGUCAGUCACGGUACGUGGCUCGGCUCUCUGUACCGUGUCCCUGCUCAACUUUGCGUUUGUGUUCAUAUCCGGAGCAGAUUUUAUUCGGUUUAUAUCAUUUCGAGCCAUUUACCACAACAUCACCGGAGAGACGACACUCUGUCAAGACUCCAUCCCGUGGUCUGUGGCUCUGCAGGACAGCUCUGUCCUCAGGUCUCUCACUGUGGAUCUGGGGCUGCUGGCUCUCUUCAUCACACAGCAUAGUCUGCUCGCCUGGUCACCUGUCAAACAGGCCCUCCAAUCAGUGCUGGGGUCACUGAACAGGACAGCAUACUGCUUCACCACCGCUCUGGCGCUCCAGAUUUUGAUGCGUUACUGGCAGCCCGUGACUGGCGCCCCCUGUUUGUGGUCGAUACGUCACGCACCCUGGAGUAUCUGGUUCCCUCUGCUCUGCUUCAGUCUGCACUUCCUCUGCUGGGCAAUCAUCUGCAGCAUCCUCGUAAUCUAUGAUUACUCUGAAUUGAUGGGCAUCAAGCAGGUGUAUUACGGGUGUCUCGGUUUAGGGGACCCCCUGUCUCACAAGCCACCACAAGCCCAGCGCCUCCUGGCUCACCUCCGCCACCCGGUGUGCCUGGAGCUGGGCGUCGUGCUGUGGCUCCUGCCGGCCUUGUCCCUGGACAGGCUCCUGCUGUCAGGGACUCUGUCCACCUACCUGGCCCUGGCGCACUCUCUGGACAAACAGGAUUUAGCCUACCUCUGCGUCCAGCUUAACAGAAAGCUGCAGCUCUUUGCCGAGCCGCAGCAGGGCAGCAUCGACACCAGCGACCACAAGGAGAAGUGAAGUGAAGGUCUUCUUACUGCUGCGAUGUGAAGCUGACUGCUGUUUAAAGACGAGCCAGGAGUGUUGUUGUGAAGCUGACUUCUCAGUGAGCCUGGUUAUCUGCUGCGUUAAAUAAUAAUGGCCAAACUUGACACUGGACUUUUUUAAAGUUUUCUUUUUGAUUGCAUACGUGGUUUUAGAUAGGGAGAGUUUUAUUUAAUCACUGUUUUAAAACAUAAAUCCUUCUACUAAUGAGCAUCUUGUGUGAACUGUUAAAAUAAUUUAAAAUUCUUUGUUUAAAUUCUGAUUAAAUUUAGGAAGAAAAAAUCGUCAGGGUUCCUACUGUUCCUUGAAAUCCUUAAAAAUGUGUGAAUAUGAGGGGAAAAAAUCAAGAUCUUGAAAGUUUUUUAGAAUACUCAGAAAUAGAUGUGGGUUAGUGAAAGUGCUUGCAUUUAUAUAUUUGUGCAAGACUAUGACUUUUUUAAUUUUAUUAAAGGUCCAGGGUUUAGGAUUUUGGGGCAGCUAUUGGCAGAAAUGAUACAUAAUAUUCAUAUUUCAUUAGUUUAUUAACAUCCGAAAACAAGAAUUGUGUUUUUGUCAUCUGAGAAUGAGCCAUUUCUAUCUGCAUACGAAGCAAGUCCUCUUCAUGGAGUCUGCCAUGUUGUUUCUACAGUAGCCCAGAAUGGACAAACCAAACGUUAGCUCCAGAUAGGGCCAUUCAUGUUUUCACAUUCUCACGUCUGCUACCGUAGCUUCCCUCACAAACUUGACACACGGGAGAAUUUUCAGUUUGGCAACCUCACCACUAGACGCCACUAAAUCCUACAUGCUCGACCUUUAACGUUAGCAAAAGCUACAUUCUGCUGCCUGCAUGUGUGUCUCCUGCAGAUGCUUCAUUGUUUCACCUGCGUCGAGAAACUACAAUGAUCACGUGCAUGCAUGAGUGAUUGAAAUGAUUGGGUUCUUGAAUUUGAGGGAAUUGGGAAUUGUUUGACCUUGGCAACAUGGGGGAAGCAGCUCUUGUCAGCCAUGCUAAAGGGAAAAAAGCAAGGAGACAAUCAAAAGGCUGCUCAACAGACUGCCAGCGUUGGCACAUAUUUUACGCCUGCUGUAGCCGAGCCAGAUAACUCUACCACUUCAUGUCUACUGCAUGUGCAGAGACAAAGGUUUUUGAUUCCAUAUUCCAUGCUACAUUUUUGCUACAAUGCCUGCCUUAACACACUGGAGUAAGAGCCUCACUAUUGUGCCCUGUGAAGGCGAUGUUGGCCUAACGUUACCUAGUUUAAAGUACUUUAAGUAAUGGAAAUGGGGUAGAAUAUAUGGGAAAGUUAUGGAAAAGUUUGAAGAAUUCAAUAGGUAAAAAUGAGCGGGAACCUUAAAGUCAUUGAAAAGUCCUUGAAUAUGAUGUUUAAGAAGGUGUGAGAACCCUCAUUUGUCCAAAUUGUAUAUUAAAUUACAAUAAAACCCUACAAAUAUUGUUUUUUUUACAACACUGAGUUUAUUUUCAUUUAUGAUAUUGUAUAUUUUUAUAAGCUGUUACAGUCUGUGUGCCAACUGCAGGUAUGCUGUAUUUCUCUGCACACUAAUUUCAACAUGUCAUCCUGAGAUUCCUCACUGGCAAGAAGCACAAAACAUGCAGCUUUGUUUUUCACAAAUUUGCAGCUAUAAUGAAAAAAAAAAUGUUCCAUGGUGUUUCUAAGAUGAUGAAUGUAUUUCCUCAGCCGCUUUAUAUUGUGUUGGGGACACAUCAGCAGUAAUGUCAGGAACAGAGUUGGGAUUUUACCCAAAUAUGUCCUUAUCGACUAAGUACUGUAAUCUUGGAUUUAACAUGUGUAUGCUUGUAUUAGUUUUCUGCAUUGUGGCCUCACUGUAAUGACGAACAGUAAUAUUUUCAGUAUUUUCAAGUUCAUGUUGAAUAAAUGUAAUAAGCUGUAUACUG